AUGAAAAAAAAAGAAGAAGAACUUGAAAGUCAAAUAAAAUUAGUUUAUAUGAAUUAUCUUCAAAUACAAUAUCCUUAUUGUAUAUAUGAGCCAAGAGGAGUAUAUAGUAUUAUAGACACAACUAAAGAUAUUAUUGAUACAAUAAAAUUACCAAAGACAUGGAAAAGAUAUUUACCUGUACUUUUUGGAGUCUUUUGGAUGGCGUUGUGUGGGUAUUGGAAUUCAGUAUUUCAAGUUCUUACACAAGAAAGAUAUACACAAUGGUUAAUGAUGCAUCCUGAAGUACCAAGACGUCUUGUAUUACCUGAUUUCUUUUUUAAAGUAUUACCAUAUUUUAAACAGUCAUGGGUUUGUGAUAUUUAUAUAGGAAUUUUUGUUAUUUUUACUAAUAUUCGCUUUCUAUUAACACCGUAUCGAUCAUGUGUUAUAAGAAGAUACUUUUUCUUACAAGGAACAAUAUUCCUUAUUAGAUCAUUCUCAAUAUUUUUUACAAUUAUGCCAGACCCUUCUUUAAGUACAAGUAAUGUUAAAUAUAAUCCUUUUAUUGAAGGAUUUUUAAUUAUGUUUGGAAUUCAUAAAACAUCAUAUGACUGUAUGUUUAGUGGACAUACAGCAAAUAUUGUACUUUGUGCAUGUAUGUGGUAUCAAUAUUCAGACUCUGCUCCAAUAUUUAAAUUAGAUUGUUUAAGUUCUUGGCCAAUUAACUCUCCAACAGGAUAUCCAUUACGUUUUACAAUCACAAAGGCUAUUGGAUGGAUUAUUUGUAUUGGAGGGAUUUUAUUAUUUUGUGUAACGCAUCUUCAUUAUUUUGUUGACAUUUAUAUUGGAUGUAUUGUCGCAUUUCUUUUAUUCAAACUUUAUCAUAAUUACAUAUUAACUAUAUAUACAAGAAACAAUAUUUUUAAUGCUUUUUUACGUUGGUUUGAGCAAGAUGCACCAGAUAUUCCUAGAGAAGUUCUUCCAAUUUAUAAUUCUCAUUUUGAAUAA